UACGACUAUGUGAGCCCCUUUCUCCUUUUACCCAAAAAUAAAAUAAACGGCUUUUUUCGUCCCGAACUGAAUUUAACAGUUUAACAGUAUAUAUCAAGUAAGCCUUCUCUUUAUUGCAAUGAUCAUCAUUACUGCUCAAACAUCAAAAAAAGAUGAAGUCAUUUCCAAAAAGCCAUUCCAAUUUAACGCUAGUGGAGUAAGAGUGAAAAAGGGCAAUAACGCGCACGCGAAAAAAAAAAAACACUGCAUUGGAAGGCGUUCGGCACCUCCGGAGACGGAAGAUUUUGUCCGUUUAGCUUGCGUCAUAGCAGCUGUGCUGUGCAAAAAGGCAAAACUUGGCACGUAUUCACCACACACACACACACACCCAGCCUCUUACAUAGCUAUGCCUGCACAGAGCAGCGCUAAUGCAUGUAGUCAAUCCUAUUGCGGUUGUUUAAUUCCUUCUUUUCUUUCUUCUUCAUCAGAUCAUACCAUAAGUCCAAAAGGUCAUCUAAGUUUUGCCGAAAGAGCUACUUGUAUUGCAGAUCUUAAUAAUAAAACCCUGAUGUGUCUAACGCUAAUCCAAAUGCGAAUACAACUUAUAAAGAGAGCCAAAUCUUAUUUCCAGGAUAGAGGAACGGACUGCAACGUAAACUUUGAGAUAAAGAAAUGCAAAUACUAUAUUGAGAUGAAUAAGAAGAAAUAAAGUGUACAAGUUUAGACGAUAUUCUCUACCAUCUUAGAAGCAAAGGAAGUGUUAUGUGAGAAUCAUACAAUGAGAUAUUUAUAUCCGCAUCA